AUGGAUCAUGCAAGGAACUUUUACCAGACGAUUUUAAAGUCAUCCCACCCGCUCACGCUUUCGUUCCACAUAUUUGGAAAAGCUGCUCCGAUAGUACUCUAUUUGAUCGGAUCAUGGUUUAUGAGCUUUACGGCGCAUUUCAUAGCGGUGCUUCUGCUACUGGCAGUCGAUUUCUAUAUUACGAAAAACAUUACCGGCAGGAAACUGGUCCAACUACGUUGGUGGUAUAAUUCGUCCGGCACCGAUAAAGAAACGUUUACAUUUGAAUCCUACAAACAGUACCCACCUGGAUCUCCUAUCAAUCCUAUAGACUCCAAAUUGUUUUGGUGGUCAUUAUACGUAGCGCCUGGUGCUUGGAUGCUUUUUGGUGUGUUCUGCGUCUUGCAACUGAGGUUUUUGUAUCUGAUCUUGGUCGCGAUUGGUGUUUCUCUAACGGGAUGGAACGCUCAGGGUUUCAGGAGUUGCGGCAAAUGGGAUCCCAAUCAAACCCCGGAUCAAUUUGCCUCGUGGAUGAACUUCAGCGGACUUCCCAACUUUGGCGGGCUCACAAAUUUUGGCAAUCUGAUGACAGUUCAAAAUUUGUUCCAACGCAAUUAA